AUGAUUCGGAUACGACAUCCUCAAGGCACCGCGUCUUUCAGAGUGGAUGACAAUGCCACAACACUGGGAGAAUUACAAAGCUACAUCGCUGAGCAAUCCGGGAUCGCGGCUUUGGACCAGGAGCUCAAGAUCGGAUAUCCACCCAAGAGUUUGCAUAUCAGCAAGUUGAGCGAGAGUGUACUGCUGAGCUCUGAAAAGAUAGGUAUCAAGAAGGGUGAGCAGGUGAUUGCUGCUCGAAAAGCAGGCGGUAGCGGUGCAAGCUCGAGUUGUGGUCCACAACCUUCUGCUUGUUCUUCCGCAUCGUCUUUGUCUUACCCAACCACUUCGUUUGGUGCUAUAGGCGCGCCCAAAGCCAACGUUUCGACAGCAACAGGACCGCGCACCUCCUACGGCCUAGGCGCACGAACACUUCAGGACGCACUUACCGCACGUGCGCCUGCUUCCUCCACAUCUACCGCGUCUACCUCGUCCAAGCCCGGCAGUGUCGCCGAUGGUAGCGUCUCAAUCGCCAUUGCAUCCUCUCCUUCUUCGCGGCUGACACUCAAAGUUGUACCCGACGACAACUCGUGCCUGUUCAACUCGGUCGGAUACGUGUUCACCCAGCGUCUCGGUUCGGAUGUCUGCCAAAACCUACGCCAGACCGUCGCCUCCGAGAUUCGAUCCGACCGCGAAAAGUACCCCGACAUUGUUCUCGGUCAGCCACGCGACAGCUACAUCUCGAAGAUCCUUUCGCCGACAACGUGGGGUGGGGCUAUCGAGCUCUCGAUCCUCUCACACCACUUUGGCGUAGAGAUCGACUCGAUCGACGUUGCGACGGGUAGCGUGCAUCGUUUUGGAGAGGACAAGGCGUACGAAAAUCGUGCAAUCAUCGUCUACUCUGGUAUUCACUACGACGCUCUCACUCUCCAAGACGGGACGGACGAGACGACAGUGUUUCCAAACUUGACCGCAAUUGGCUUAGACGAAACCGAGGAUGAGGUGCUCAGCGCUGCCAAGCAAUUGUGCCAGGAACUUAAGAAGCGGAGAUACUACACGGACACGGCGAGCUUUAGCUUGAAGUGCAAAACGUGUGGAACAAAGCUCAAAGGCGAGAAACAGGCGGUGCAGCAUGCCAAGCAAACGGGUCAUGGUGAUUUUGGUGAGGUUUAA